AUGUUCCAACUUCAGGCUGGUGCUGUUGGGGGGCACCGGGCACAGUUCGCUGAAGUCUUCAGGCUGUGUGAUGCGAGGGGAGCGCGCCAGUUUGAAGAGAUGUUGGACUUGAACUCCUGGCUGAGAGGUAGAGGCACUACCAAUGAUACCAGAAGGGGACAGCCCCCCCCAAGACCGGACCUUCCCUCAGUUGGAGAAGGUGUCACCGCUGAUGGCAAAAGCCAGGGUAUAAAUAGCGCAGUUCCUGAGGACUCCGCUUGCUUUGCGAGGCGCGGAGCUCCAAUGUGUCACCGCCGUCAGUUCGGGAGAAGCACGGACCGCAGCGUCCCGGGGAAGCAGCCCAGGAGGGAGCAGGGCGAAUCCCCCGACUUCGGCACCGCUCCAGGGCUCAAACGCACCCCAGCCAAACGACGGGCUGUUAAAAUCCUCUACCCGGCCCAGGUCAGGAAGUACAUGCCUCCCGAGGAGAAGGACUGGGCCAAGAGGAUGCUCCUGCUCCUCCUGUGCGUGGUGGCCGUCCAAGUGUACGCGGCCGCGGCGGAGGCUCAAGGGGGAACGGUCGACGCGAUCGCCCAGGCGGGAGGGCCAGGCGGGGAGCGGGCACCGGGGCUCCCGCCCUCGGGAGGGGAAACGCUCAGGCCCGCCAACGGCAGUGCCCCGCCAGCCUGUUGUGGGGUCCUGCAGAAUGUGAUCCCCCAGGCAGGACUCUCUGCAGGAGGCACCCCCUCCGGCUUCACGUCCAGGUUUUACUUUGAAAAGCUGUUGUGUUUUGCUUUCUAAAUUGUGGGGGUAACUGGCCUGUGUUAGAGCGCCGUGAAUUUAAAAAGGGAGUCAAAGGGAGCAUGGUAAUUCGAAUUUCUCCUUCUGGUACUCCUGCCUGGACGAAAUGGACAACAUUCCCAGGAUCCACCAGAAAGGGACUAUGUGUACUGAGCCAAUGGGGCCCACUUGAACUUCUGCGCUACCAGAGGAGAGAUUCAUUUUAACUCUGAUGCUUAUUUUUAAAAAAAGGUAUUAAUUGAUUGCCUUAGCACCUUCUGUGAAAGUCAAAUGUAGCCUGAAAAGCAGGAAUGUUUCUUAACGCUACCCAGGCCCCUGAAUGUGACUGAUGACAGGCCCUGUGUAAAUUGUGUCAGUCAUAAAUCAGUCAUGAUUCAGUAUGUUCUGUGAACAGCCUCCAAUAAAUCAUGAUUUAACGUAAGUGGAAAGAUUUCACGGUGUUAUUUUAAUGCUUAAAAAUCACUUCAAACGUCUUUCUACCUCCUGAGUAACAGCUUCAUGCGCUAUCUCUCCCCUCGCUGUUUCCGCAUCACUGGCUAUCAGUUUGGCUUCGUAAAGCCAAAAACCCGGUAGCAAUUAAACUCUCGAUCUGCCAUGGUCUCCUCUUCUUCUGAUAAGUUAAUCAUUGUUUAAACCCGGCAUUUCCUGCUAUCCACAAUUAGGUUUGAAAUUGAAUACCAACCAAGGCUGGGAUAUACAUCGUGACGUAAAUUUCAAACGCUAGUGAUAAUUGGGGUGAAUUACCUCACAGGUGGGGACAGGCGCUUUAUCUGUAGAAUAGUGUGUGCCUGGGAGUGCUGGAAUCUAGUCGAGGGGUUCAGUUAAAUUAAAUGUAGAAAAGAACAUUCAGUAGAAUGUGUCUAUCUGCCAUGCUCUUGAGGUUUUGCCCUACUUAGCUGCUACAAAUCUUGGAAAACAAUUGUUUUAUUAAGAGCUCCCAUUGUAACUCAAGACGCUUCAUGCUGAUCUGCACCCGAUAACCUGCUCUGAAAACUCUGCUCAUGCACCGAUUGCUAUUAAAAACAACGCAUCCCAGUAGCUGAAUUUUAAACAAUCAGUCACGGGAUGAGGGCAUUGCUGGCUGGGUCAGCCUUUAUUGCUCAUCCCUAACUACCCAGAGGGCAGUUAAGGUUCAACCACGUUGCUGGGGGUGUGGAGUCACAUCUAGGCCAGAUCAGGUAAGGAUAGCAGUUUCUCUCCUGUAAGGAGACUAGUUUUCCCCUGACAAUUGAUUCAUAGACACAUGGUCAACAGGCUCUUAAUUCCAGAUUUUAAUUGCAUUCAAAUCCCACCAUCUGCCAAGGCAGGAUUUGAACCCAGGUCUGCAGAACAUUACCUGGAUCAGUGGAUUAACAGUCCAGCCAUAAUUCCAUGAGGCUAUUACCUUCCCUGGGCAUCUUUUAGAUAAUUCCAGGAUCUGGAUUCAGCAUCUCCAUCAAAAUGCAAUCCAUUAAUCCUUGGGCAGUACCCUAACUAUGUAACCAAGUUAUAUUAAAAUUCAUCAGUUUUUUUUCAUAAUGUUUGCAGAUGAAUGGGACAAAAGAGACUGACAAACUGAUGCAAAAACAAACACAAUCAGGUUAUGGUAGAUACUUGAAAGUGAAUGGAAUCUCAUUGAGAUCGUCAGCUGGUUUACACAGUUAUGGAGUCAUAUAGCACAGAAACUGACCCUUUAGUCCAACCAGUCCAUGCCAAACAUAAUCCCAGACUAAACUGGUCCCACCUGCCUUUGCUUGGCCCAUAUCCCUGCAAACCUUUCCUAUUCAUGUACUUAUCCAAGUGUCUUUUAAAUGUUGUAACUGUACUUUCAUCCCUGACUUCCUCUGCAAGUUUAUUCCACACACGAACUACCCUCUGUGUAAAAGAAAAUUGACUGUCAUGGCUUUUUAAAAUCUCUCUUCUGUCAUCUUAAAAAUAUGCCCCCUUGUCUUGAAAUUCCCUGUCCUAGAGAAAGACACUUACCAUUAACCGCAUCUAUAUCCCUCUCUAAGCCUCGAAAAGGUCACCUCUCAACCUCCUAUGCUCCAGUGAAAAAAUGUCCCAGCCUGUCCAGCCUCUCUUUAUAACUCAAACCUUCCUUGCCUAGCAACAUCCUGAUAGAUCUCUUCUGAACCCUGUCUAGCUUAUUAAUUUUCUUCCUAUAACAGAACAUAGAAUAAAGGUAAAUGUAAAGUUUCCCUGGUCUCACUCUACCAUAGGUUUUCUCUCGCUCAUUAGAGAGAGAGAGAGAUCGCUGGUGGUGGUUUAACCUGAGGGUCACCAUGCCUGAAGUGAGGAAAAAGCUUGAGAAGGAGAAACAUUUAUGGUAACCCCAGCCUGUGCAGGAAUUGAACCCAUCUU